AUGCCUCAGAUUGCCGACAGUGGAUUGAAAGUCAGACGUGUCUGGGCAUUUGGGAACAUCAACAGUGUUACCGAUCAGCCUGUGUACUUUCAGUUCCUCGAUACGGCCAAGAAGACCAUAACUAUCAACACUGGGGCCAGUGGCAUUGCGCGCCUCUACGCCGCCGUCGCUACCGCGGAGAAGCACAGCAUUCAGCUGGUACUGCCGAUGUUGAAUAAUUGGGAUGACCGGGGCGGCAUUAAGACCUACCGUACUUACUUUGGAUGGAACCAUGCAGAGGCCCAGCAAGCCUACAAAGACUAUGUCACUUUCAUCUGUCAGAACUGCAAAAGCGGUGUGAUCACUAGCUGGGCCACAGAAAUAUCCGGUUUCAUCAACUCGCUGGACCCAAACCAUCGUGUAUCGUUGGGUGAUGAAGGCUGGCUCUGCUCGGACGACACCAGUCUCGGCUACGCGUACUCUCGCUCCGAAGGUAUUGAUUUCGAAGCCAAUCUGAAGAUCCCCACACUUGACUACGGGACGGUACAUAUAUACCCCAUUGGUUGGAGUUACACGUACCCUUGGGGCAACCAAUGGAUUCGUGACCAUGCAGCACUGGCACUCAAGUAUGGCAAGCCCAUCGUUCUGGAGGAAUACGGUGUCGAGAGCACAACCUCAAACCGCACGGCGGUGCUGCAGGAGUGGCAACAAACCAUCCCGGACAGCGACAUUACGUACGAUAGCUUUUGGCAAUUCGGGACGAACCUUCCAAGUGGUGCGAAUGCUUACGACGACUACGCGAUUUUCCAUGGCACGCAAGAGUACCAGCGCGUGGUGAUUGAUCAUGCUCAGGCUAUGAGCACCAGGGCUGUCUCAUCCGCUGGCCGUCGCAGACCCUCCUCACGCCAUCCAAACUAG